UUAAAAAAAUCCGUAGCUUCGGCUUUGUUCUGUAGAUACAAGCGGUGUGCUAUUAUAUGACACACCAGUAACACUGUAAACAUUUUCAUUUGCUGCAUUGUGUUGUGUUCUGACAACUAUUGUAGCUAUAUUUAUGCAGGCAGUCAACCAGACGUUUAUUAUGUCAAAAUCUAAGAAUUUAAAAGCCUUCCUGGCUUCGUCCCUGAAUGAGAUUUUUAAGGCGACUGUGAAUGACAUACUGGACUCGGUAGAGGAGACCUUGUCCGAAUACCACGAAAAAAUACAGAGAAUAGAAGCGGAAAAUGAAAGUCUCCGACGAAGUUUGCAGGGACGCGAAGACGUAAACGGAGGAGAAAAGAAGGAAGUCAAAGGGAAAGACUGCACUCUUGUUUCUAUGGCUGUGAGCAGUGAACUUCCCAAGCAGUCAAGAGGUAAACUCAAGCAUGAACCAGUCCAACAGCAACCAGGUGACGUCAAACAAGUCCUCAAGGAUCACCACAGGUACCGACAGCAGGAGCCCAGUGGCUCUGUACCCAUGACAAAACUGGAUGCUGAGAGGUGUCUGGAAGCUCAAGCGGCAACAGCAGGAUCUGUUGGCAUUAAAAAAGCCUCAGAUUGUGUGCCGUUAGCGCUUAAGUCAGAAAAUGCAGAAUACAACCUUGAUGUGGAACAGGACUGCGCAAUGGACCUUUCCACCACCCAUGCCCCACCCAGUUUAGAGGCAAAGAUGAUUAAAUCAGAGAAGGAUGAGGAGGAAUUCACAGACCCAGAAUACUAUGCCAACACACAGGCCCCACAUAGUCCAGACUUGGAUUCCAGAGACAGUGAUUGUGGUGUGAGCACAACCAUCAUAUCUGACCAUCACUUGAACAUUGGUACUAGUGAGGAAGAAGCAGUGGAAAUGGAAGAGUCUGAGCAAGAGGAGCCUGGUGAAAUGCUGAACAAGCAGCUCUGUAGGACGUUUGCAUCAGAUAAUCACUGUCAGCCUAAUGUUUCAGACUUUGCACCUGACAUAACUGGAGGGAGUGACAUUAGACCUUCUACAGAGCACCAACAGCCAGACCCAGAUCUCUCCAGCACCCUUCUGAAAUCAUUAUCUGCUGUGCAUGUAAAUAUAGCAGAGUCUACCAAAAACAGCCAAGGUUUUUAUCCAUGUAACCUGUGUGAGAAGACCUUCAGUCGGGUGGGAACUCUUAAAGUGCACCUCAGAACUCACAGUGGAGAGAAGUCACACUGCUGCAGCUACUGUGGGAAGCGCUUUGGCCGGGCUGACCUGCUGAAAGCACACAAGCGCACUCACACAGGAGAAAGACCUUUCAGCUGCAAUGUGUGUGGAAAGAGUUAUGGUCAGCCUGGGCAGCUCAGAAUACACAAGCGAAUUCACACUGGAGAGAGACCAUACUGCUGUCCUCACUGUGGGAAAAGAUUCAGUGAGCACAACCAACUGAAAGUGCAUCUUCGAACUCAUACAGGAGAGAAACCGUACCACUGCAAUGUAUGUGAAAAGACCUUUGGCAAUGCUGGAAACUUAAGAAUACACCAGAGAAUUCACACAGGAGAGAAACCGUACAGUUGCUCUCAGUGCGAUAAGAGAUUUAACGGCUUGGGUGAUCUCAAAACACACUACAGAGUUCAUACAGGUGAGAGGCCAUACCACUGCAACCUGUGUGAAAAAACCUUCAGUCAAGCAGGCCAUCUGACCAUACACAUGAGGAUACACACAGGAGAGAAACCAUAUAGCUGUGCAGAUUGUGGAAAGAAUUUCAGUGUAGCAAGCAGCCUAAAGCUGCACCAGCGAACUCAUACAGGGGAAAAACUGUACAGCUGCUCAUACUGUGAGAAGACUUUCAGCAGAGCUGGACAUCUCAAGAGACAUGAGCAAGUUCACACAAAAGAGAAGUUGUACUCUUGCACCCAAUGUAAUAAGAGUUACAGUGACCAGUCAACCCUUAAAAAACACCUAAAAACACACACAGGUGAUGAACCCCUUGCACAGAAUGAGGAGUGUUUCAGUGGAUCUGAAACUGCUGAAAAUGACCUGGAAAUUGAAACUGUAGAGAUAUUGUAGAACUAGCACCUUAUCUUAAUCUGUCCUAGAAUCUGAAGAAUGUUUUGCUAAACAAUAUCAAAAUGUGUUGCUUAAUUUUCUGUCCAUCUUCAUUCUCUGGCCAUAAAGCCAGCCUACCCUAACAGGUACACAGUUGUGGGAUCAAUGUAUUCCAGCAAAUAAAUGUUAGUGCAUUUAAACUAUCAGGGCUCUGGUGUAUUGAAAACAGUGAGAACUGAAUUUGAAGCUUUGGAGCAGUUUGCUGAUCUAUGAAUUUUCUGAAUCACUGAAUGUUUUUCUUUAUUACUGUCCUAAUUAUUUACAUGAGUGAUUGCAACUUCCCAAUCUGGGAGUGUGAAUAUUAACCUGAAUUAAGCUGCUUGUCCUGUUUAGUUGGGCAUAACCUCAGACAUUCAGGAGUUUAAUCAACAUUUGUCAGUAACAGUGCUUUAAAAGUCUACUUAUAAACAUUUAAGCAUAUUAGUGUAAUGUGUAUGACAAUUAAAUGUUAAUGUAAUUCAGAAUGAAUAAAUGUUGGCAAUGUGGAUAAACUAA